UUACACGUGUUCAUAGACAAUAAAACUUGCUACUCCAAUUAUGUGCAAUCAUGACCCACUUAAAACUUGCUACUCCAAUUUGUAAGUGGGAUCUAGACGGACAAAAAUCGUAAGGAGAUAUGGACCGGCCGGAGUCCCUUGAGGUAUCAACCACUCAGACGCGGAAUCAUCUUAGAAUGUGUGGUCGGAGUUGGGUUAGUGUGAUCAAACUUACUGGAGCCAGCUAGUGAGCAAUGCACCAUAGACUUGGAGGAUGACUGGAUGAGCAUUAGUAUGGCCACAACAAGGUUGAGUAUAGCACCACUAUUUCACUUGUUGUUAUAUUGAUUGUCUUUUGAAGACUAACUUACACAUUGUCUUCCCAUAUUAGGCUCACCUUGAGAAUGCUGAGUUUUCUGAACAAGCUAAUUGCAAACUAUUUUUAGAUGCACCAUGAGGAACUUGAGACACCACCCCAUGAGGAACUUGAGACACCGCGGUCUUCUUUUUAGGUUUCGGAACAACGCCCAACUCAUAGCUUCCCUACUGUUGUAGCUGCACAUUCUGGACACCACCGGGCAACUGUUGUCGGGCCAUAGGGGCUGGAUGGUGGCUAAGGUAUGAGUACUUGUGUAUCAAACAAUAUCGACGCCUCUUUUUAUAGAGAACGCAGAAAAAAAUGGCGGGAGAAUGUGGCAGGAGAAUGUGGCGGGAGAAAUUAAAUAGAAAGCGGUUGGCGGGAGAAAAUGGUGGAAAAACUAAAACCUGAACUUGCAAUGCUAAGCACGUUGGUGCAGUGAUCAUGCAGGCACUGGGGGAUAGAGAGCCGAUCGGUGGCUGCAGGCCAAUUACUUGCCGUCGGUGGCUGGUAGACCGAUUGGCCAGACUCACCUGCCCUGCCACCUGCCUGGCCGACGGCCAUAUCGGCCGGCUCUCAGAGCAUGUACAAUAAGUUCUAGUUAGCUGGCUACAAUGAUUAAAAUAAUAUAUUGUUGCUUAGUUGGAGGAGAGAGAGGAGGAGAGAGAAGAUGAGUGGGCUCUUAGCACGUGCUCCUAGGCACUAUGUGAGAGUGAAUGGUGGACCAUACAUAGAUAAAGUAGUACAAUUUUAUAGCUCACUAUUGUACAUGUUGGCUCUAGAAUGACUAUAGAUGAUAUGACACUUGGCUUAUAGCCAACAGUUGGCUCUACUAUUAAACUUGCUCUCAGCUGAUCGGUCGACGGGUGGCGACAUAGUCACAUAUUCAAAAAAAUUCAAAAACGCGUGACAUUCCCGGUAAAAAUAAUUAAAUCUCUACUCCCUCCAUCCCUUUUUAAUUAACUCAGCUGUAAUUUUGCGAAAACCCCCACGUUGUGAGUACUCAUCACCGCUCCGUCCCCGUCCGCGUGUCGUGACAAUUGCCGUCCCGUGAGGCCUUAACCAACCAGUACUCGUCCUUCUCCUCGCGACACCGCAUCGCCGCACCGCAUCGCCAUGGCCGUCGCCGGGACCGCAUCGCCGCCGCUCCCCGUCGCCCUACCUGUCUUCUUUUCCUCCGCGUCUUCUCACCAAGCGUCGCCCAUCGCCGCUCGCCAUCCCCGUCCCCUUCUCCAACCGAUAUCCAGCAGAUCCCCAUCUCCACGACGCGGCUGGAUCCGUGAAAAAAGGUUGAAUUUUUUCGACCUUUUCCACAGAUCCGGUGGCAGCAAUGCGAGAUCAGCUAGCGGAUCUCCAUCUCCACGACGCUCUGUCCAGCUGGUGGACAAGGACCCCGAGAGGUCGGGGAACCCAACGAGGUGUGCGCCCGCAUCGGCGCCAGGGUGUCCCGCCGCGCGCUAUACCUGCUCGACCAGGGCUGGCCGGUCAUCCUCCGCGAGUUCGGCGUCGACAACCGCGGCGGCAACGUCAACGACAACCGCUACUACGGCUGCGCCGCCGCCGUCGCCGCCGACCUCAACCUGGACUGUGCGCUCUGGACGCUGCAGGGGAGUACUACCUCCGGGAGGGCGUGUUGGACGUACGCGCAGCAGGACGGGCGGCUGACCCUGCGGGACAGCCCGAUGCUGUGCCUCCACGCCGGGGUGAGAUUCGCCGGCCAUGUCGGGCGUCGUGCUCGUCGCCAUAGCGGCCUGCCUGCCUGGAACCGGCAUGCUCUGCCUGGACGUCGGCGCCGACGGCCGGAGCGUGGUCACCAACCCGUGCCGGUGCCUCAGUGCGGACAGCAGCUGCGACCCGGAGAGCCAGUGGUUCAAGCUGGUGACCAGCAGCAGGAGCGUCGCUGCCAGGGAAAUGCUGCUCUCGCAGCUGCCCCUCAAGCUACAGAGCUCCAAGCCAGUUGCCGGACCACCGCAGCUCAUCGUCAUCGUCCACCUACAAAGACUUCCUGCGCAAGUUCAUAUGGAAGAAAAUUCUCUCCCUUGAUAAGUCAUGCCAGGUUGAUUUGAUGAAAGAUGGAGGGCAUGCAUAUUUCAUCUGGUUUGAUGAAAGAUGGAGUACUGCAUGACAAACAUAAUUUACUGGCUUGAUCCGUGUGUUAAGUUUCAGCAUGAGCUUAGCAAUACCACCGUGAAUUGUUCUAGAUGAUCCACGCAGUAGCAUAAAUAAUGGCUGUAGAUGAAUUGUUGUAGAUGAUCCAUGAGCUUAGUACUUGGAUUUGAACUUUAGAACAUGAGCAUGGCACUCUGUGUCCGUCGUGACACUGUUGAGCACUCUCAGGUGUGCAGGAUUUAGCUCACAUGUACUGUUGCUUGUUUUGGUUAACUGAAAUUUGCUUGUGUA